UUAAUUUUUGAAACUUACAUAUUGUAAGAUGCUAAAUAGUAUGAAUUCAGAUAGAAGGGAAUCUGAAGCAGAACCAUUAGAUGAAACAUAUAAUAUUUUUAUCAAUAAUGUAGACAGCUUCAACGGAAAAUAUAUAUUAUCGAGUGUUUAUAAACAAGGUUUUGAAGAGCUGGCUUUGUCAGAGAAACAGGAUGAUGAAGACAAAUCCGUUACAGCUGAAAACGAGGAAGUAUCUUCAGAAAAGAAAAGGGAAUCCGAAAUUGCAAACGAAGAGAUUCAAACGAAAGAAGAAUCCUUGACUUUCGACCAGAUAAUUAGCGCAAAAACUCAAGGACCUUCAAUGGUUUCAAAGUAUAAAAUAUUUGGCUCUACCGUGUUCACGAAACUAAAGCCGGAGGAACUAUUCGAAUUAACAGCAGAAAAUAAUGAAAAAUUCAAGAACAUCGUCGCUAAGUGCAACUGCGUAGUUUACGAUAUAAGUUCAGAUGAGAGUCAGAUAGCCAAAGCCUUAACUGCAUUAGCAAUUAUAGAACAAGAUAUCGAAAGGCAGAAAAGCUCGUCUUCAAGGAAUUCAUCUCCUCCAGUGCUAUUCAUUCUUAUAUCCACUUGUAUGACAUGGGCCUUAACCCCUAGAAUGGAUCCUACUGAUUUAGAUCCUAUACCUUUUGUUGAGUCUGAUCAUCGUAGAAGGAAACCACAUCCUAACUAUAAGGAGCAUUACGAUUGUGAAAAAGAGGUGAUAAAGAAAGGAAGGAAGCUCAAGGGAAAAUUACGAACAAUGGUGAUUUUUUCUGGUAUUACCUAUGGAUUUGAAGAAGAUAUGCUAGCCUUUCUAUUCAAGAGAGCUUGGAGCAACGACAAUUAUCUGCCUAUAUUCGGCAGUGGCUCAAAUUUCAUACCCCUCAUUCAUGUUGCUGACUUGGCACAGUUGAUUUGCAAGUUAAUCGAUAUUCCUAUGUUGAAGGGCCAAUAUAUUUUGGCUGUUGAACAAACUCCAGCUUCUCUCAAAUAUAUUGUGAAGUAUAUCAGUAGAACUCUGGGAUCUGGAAAAAUUAAGUAUGUUGUUGCCGAAGAAGCAUAUCUUUAUCCAGAAAUAGAUCAUAACAUAUUUGAUUGCUUAACCGCAAACAUCGUAAUGGAACCGGAAUAUUUGACAUCCCUAGAAAUCGCUUGGACAAGCGAGAUGAAUUUCGUAGAAAACAUAGAAGCGAUUGUGGACGAGUUUAAAACGCAUCGUAACUUGGAACCGUUAAAAAUAGUGAUCCAUGGGCCACCCUGCUCUGGAAAAACAAAAUUGGCUCAUUUGCUGUGUGAACAUUACAAUCUCAAUUACGUAUCUAUAAAAUCUAUAUUGGAUUCUAUUGAAAUGAAAGCACCAAAGUUGAAAUCCACGUCUUACGCCUCACAGUCAACCUACAAAUCAAAAACCAGAAUCAAAGGGUUGGACAAAUUCAAUCUCGAAUAUGAAGAUAUAGAGCAAUUGUUGAAUGAAGAAGACGUCCAAAACCUUUUGGAUUUGGAAAAUCAGGAUUCCGAAGAUGAAAAUUAUCAAAGAACUGUAAUGGAUGAAUACAGAAAGUGUUUACCCAGAGAUUUUCCAGAUGAUUCAACGAGAUUAUCGGACGAAUACGUGAUGAUGCUCUUACGGCUAGAAAUGUUGAAGAAUCACAGCCAAACCUUAGGAUUCGUUGUUGAUGGUUUUCCGAAAACAUUCAGAGAAGCAAUAUGGUUAUUUAGGAAUGACAAUUAUAGAUAUUCAGCAGACGAUAACAGCACAAAUAAAUCAAACACGAAAUAUGAUAUUAGAUUAGUUCCGAAUUAUGUGAUUGAUUUGAAUGCUCCGAAUACCUUUCUGUUGGAUAGAAUCAGUCAUGCACCAGAAGAAUUCAUACAGAAUACACACUACAAUGAAAGAGACAUGGUUCGUCGCCUUAUGGCCUUUAGGGAUCGCAACAAGAAGGAUUCGGGUCCCAUAAAUUACUUCCAUCAAUGCGAAACAGAAAUUGUGGAAAUUAAUGUAUCCGAAUUCCCAUCGGAAAAUAUGAAAUGUAUUUUUUACAUAUGCACGAAAAUAAUUGGGCCGCCUCGGGGAUUCGGACUUUCUCAGAAUGAAAUGAAGGAAUUUGAAGUGGUUAAACAGUUUCAAGAAAAAUUUCGGAAUGAACAGGAGAAAUUACAAAAAGAACUGCAGAUACAAAAUGAAAAGAAACAGUUAGAUAAAAAAAUGAAAAAGUUGCUGGAAAAGUAUCAUCAUAUAAACGUUAGAUUGGAGAGGAUAUUGGCACCCAAAAUAGAAAAAUAUAGAACUUUCAUGGCUAAUAACAUUCUUCCUAUACUAUUUGAAGCAAUAAUGAAAGUUGUAGAGACAAGACCGAACAAUCCAAUAGAUUAUUUAGCAGAGUAUUUAUUCAAGCAUAAUCCAAAAGGACAAAUGUACAACCCUAAGUAUUCGAGAAAUGGAGAAAAACCGAUUGCAAAAGUUUUUUCAUUAAAUCUUGAAAUAAAAUAAUCCUAAAGAAUGAAAAUGGUUAUACAAUAUAUUUCUAAUAUAUUAUUUCGUCAUUUGUAAAUAUUUUU